AUGGUUUCAUGCGCCUCUAUCGUCGCCGUCGCCGUCGCUGUCGCCUCGUUUGUGAGCUCGAGCAGCAGCCGGAUCCUCGACCCCAACAAGCUCGCUGUCGGAGAGUUCUUCAGACCUUCGGGACACGUGGUCUCGGGCUUCUUCAACACCACGGCAUCUUUCCGCCGCUCACCCUGUCCCGCACUUAACGUGCUCGCCAACCACGGUCACCUACCGCGUAACGGCCAAGGCAUCACCAAGGACCAGAUUGGAUCUGCCCUCAAGUCGGUCUUGAACCAGGGAGACGACGCCGUGGUUGCGCUACUGGCGAGCUUGCCCGAUACCAUCGCGCUUAGCGACCUGUCCCAGCAUAACGUCUGGGAUCACGAUGCGUCACUCGUUCACACUGACGCGCAUUUCGGCCAUGACCCGUCCGAGGUCAACAUCUCGCUGGCCAACGACCUCUUCAACCGUGGGAAAAUUAGCAAUAAGCUGGGCGUCAAUGAGGUGGGAAAUGCCUACAAGGACCGCCGCCAAGCAGGUAAAUCUUACGAGCCAAAAUAUUCCCUCUCGGACGCGCAAAAGACCCAGUCGUACAGUCAGGGGGCAGGUCUCUUGCUGGUCUUCGGCGCAAAAAACGGAGAGAGCGUUUCGUUGGACGUCGCUCGCUCCUUUCUCAUCGACGAGAGGAUCCCGCAGGGAUGGAAGCCCGCUGCUACUCCUAUCACUGUUGCUGACUCUCGUGCCACCUCUGCCAAGAUUCGUGAGGUCGCCGAGGCGAUGUAG